AUGUCUCUGUCAGUGCCGCAGAACGGAGUAAAGGCGGAUAACGAGCCCGUUAUCGAGCUUUUUGUCAAGGGCGGGAAAAUGGCAGAGGACAGAAAAAAGGGAGCACUGGGAUUAAGGGGGGUGGGGGCUAAAGGGUCUGAGGAGCUGUGGUGGUGGACCCGAGUGUGUGAUGGUGAGCAGGACCCAGCUUUAUCUUUGCUGUCUGGUUACUGCCCGCCAAACGCCAAACGCCUGCCAGCAGAAGCAGAAUCAGAGCCAGGAAACAUGCUCCAGAAGUGUGUGGGGGCACAAGAGCCCAUCGAUAUAACCGUUUAUCCGCCUGCUUUGCUUGGCGUCGGGAGUCAGGGGCCAAAGAUUAACGACCCGCUCCUCCGGGCUUUUGCUUUCCGCUGUUAUUUCUGCUCUGUAAAUCUGCCUCUGCAGCACCUAGACGCACAAAGCUUUUUCGGUGCAGCCGUUCGGCCGAAUGGCUCUCUGGCCACCGGCCUAAUUGGUCUGGCAAGGCUCUUCAUGAUUCUGUGGCUGAAAGGAGUCGUCUUCAACGUCACCACCGUGGACCUGAAAAGGCAAGUCCUAUUCCCCCCCCCUCUGGCCCUCCAAACCCAGCCCUCUGCCCCGUAUUCGAGGGGCUUCCCGCUGCCUUCCGGGGCUUGCUCAUUUGUGUUUGCGUGUCUCUGUCAGCUGCCGGCCAUCUGGUACAGAAUGUGCGGCUUUGAAGGCCGUGGAGAAAAGCAGACACAAACACACUCAGACAGACUGAUUUGUGGAUCUUUUGGCUUGAACAGGAAGCCGGCGGACCUCCAGAAUCUGGCCCCCGGCACGCACCCCCCCUUCGUCACCUUCAACGGGGAGGUCAAAACCGACGUCAACAAGAUCGAAGAGUUCCUGGAGGACGUCCUCUGCCCACCCAAGUUUAUUAAACUGGGCGCUCGGCACCCCGAAUCCAACACGGCCGGCAUGGACAUCUUUGCCAAGUUCUCCGCCUAUAUCAAGAACUCCAAACCGGAUGCAAAUGAAGCUCUGGAGCGCGGGCUGCUGAAGACCCUGCAGAAGCUGGACGAGUACCUGUGCUCCCCGCUGCCCGACGAGAUCGACCACAACAGCAUCGAGGACCUGAAGGCGUCCGGCCGCAGCUACUGCUAG